AUGAUCCAGUUCCCAUACCCAAGAAAGUCCUCCACACCACAUGCCUAUGCUUCAACGCGAUCAAGCUCUCUCCGAAACAAGCGCUGGCUACGGCAGUAUGGCCCAACCGUUGCUGGCUGCAUAGCCAUUAUCUGGUUGCUGGUAUGGUUGUUCAAUGGUAGCGCUUCCGCCACCACCACACAUGUACCGCCCGGCACACCAAAAGUCGUGAUCGUAACCACACUCGACCCCAAAUUGCCCGACAAAUUUAAAGAAGCCAUCAAAGAGAACAGGAGGGACUACGCGCAAAGACAUGGCUAUGCCACCUUCUUCCCAAACACCACAGACUACGACCUCAUGGAAAAGACACCACAGUCAUGGUCAACGAUACCAGGUCUCCGGCAUGCCAUGACCCUCUAUCCACAUAGCCAGUGGCUAUGGUACCUUUCCUCCACAGCACUGAUCAUGGACUCCCACGAAUCCCUCCACACCAAACUUCUCGAAACAAGAAAACUCGAGUCUCUCAUGAUCACCGACAAGCCAGUUGUCCCACCGGACAGCGUCAUCAGAACCUUCUCACACCUCAAGGGCGAACGUGUGGACUUCAUCAUCACACAAGAUCAGGAGGGUCUAGCAGGAGACAGUAUUUUGAUAAGAACAGGAGAGUGGGCCAAGUUCUUCCUCGACGCCUGGUACGAUCCUCUAUAUCGCAGUUACAAUUUUCAAAAGGCCGAGCGCCAUGCGCUGGAGCAUAUCGUGCAGUGGCAUGGCACAGUCCUAGCCAAGUUGGCAUUGGUGCCGCAGAGAGUGCUGAACAGCUACACGAGAGAGGCUUCCGCGAGUAGCGGGGAAGGUCUGUACAAGGAAGGGGACUUCGUGGCCAACUUCCACGGCUGUCAGCGCGACCCGAAGCGUAAUUGCGAGGACGAAAUGAGCCCCUUGAUCUCGAGAUGGCGGGAAUUGAAAGAUCAGGAGCACAAGCGGUGA